GACCGGACCAGCAGAACCCAAACAAACGGGUCCGCUACACCGGCGACGCAGCAAUAACCCGCUCCCGGCGAGGCCAACCACAAAAUUGACCCUGCCUCCAAUGGCGUGCGCGUGCGCGUGCUCCCCCGAACCCCCGCUCAUCGCAAGCGCGUGAUUCAUUCCGCGCAACCUCCACUCCACGGCGUUGGUGCGGUGUUGCCUCCCCAGUCAGUCCGCCUCUCCGCCCUUUGUCUCUCUCGUGUUGUUUAUUCUUGCGCCGUCCAACUCCCAGCCAGCGCCGGCCAGCUCCUUCCUCGCCGCCGUUCCGUGGGUGAUUCCCGGAGCCUGAGUUGCCGAGGUGCAGGUCCGGUUCGUCUUCUCCCCGGGGCUUCUUCUCCUGGUUGAACCUCAGUAAGUUGAAGACAACAUGUUUCGUAGGAAGCACACUUCUCAUUUCAAUUCAGAUGAUGCUGAGCAGCGACAAGCAAAGAUCAACGAACUGAGAGCUGCACUUGGGCCUGCGUCUGCCCGUGGCGACAAGUACUGCAGUGAAGCAUGCUUGGCUAGGUAUCUCGAAGCCCGCAACUGGAAUGUUGACAAGUCUAGGAAAAUGUUGGAAGAAAGUCUCAAGUGGAGGGCAGCUAGCAAGCCUGAGGAUAUUCGCUGGCCUGAUGUUUCUGUGGAAGCAGAAACAGGUAAAAUGUACAGGGCAACUUUCACAGAUAGAGAGGGGAGAACUGUCGUUAUUAUGAGACCUGCAAAGCAGAAUACAUCGUCUCAUGAAGGGCAGCUUCGGUAUCUUAUAUAUACCUUGGAGAAUGCAGUUCUCAGCCUGCCUCAGGGUCUAGACAAAAUGGUGUGGUUGAUAGACUUCACAGGAUGGACGCUGGCCAAUGCAACCCCCAUAAAGACUGCCAGAGACAGUGCAAAUAUCCUGCAAAACCAUUACCCUGAGAGGCUUUCAGUUGCGUUUUUGUUCAACCCCCCAAAAGUAUUUGAGGCUUUCUUUAAGGUUAUAAAAGUAUUCCUUGACCCGAAAUCAAUCCAGAAAGUCAACUUUGUUUACAAGGACAACGAGGAAAGUAUGAAGACCAUGUACAAGCACAUUGAUCCAGAAGUCCUUCCGGUGGAGUUUGGAGGGAAGAACAUUGUGGUGUACAACCAUGAGGAUUACUCUAAGUUGAUGACAAAGGAUGACACCAAAACAACAAGCUUUUGGGCAGCAGAUGGUAGCCAUGCCGUAAACGGGGGCUCGGUGCCUCAGGUCAUACCGCAGUCGUCACCGAUUGUUGCUAAAGCAAGUUGAGGAACAUCGGCGAGCCAUCUCACCUGUUAUUGCAAAAGUAAGUUGAGGAGCUUCAGCGAGCCAAUGUGACGGUUCACAGCUCUAAAAGAGGAAUAUAUAUAUCGAUACGUUGAGGAUGCUUGGAUAAAUAAAUGUAACUGCAAUAUCUUGCAUGUGAUGUUACAAAAAUAGUUAUUACUAGUAUAUCCCCAAACAAGUGAUCUCACAACAGUUCCAUAUUCCGUUGGCCAAUAAUUUGAAACACUAAAGAAUAAUUCACUUAUUAUUUACCCGUCUUCCAUCUGUAUUUUAUUAUACACUUAAAUUUGUAAUAUGCAGCUGCCAUUUCAGGAA